AGAGAUCAUUUGCACAUAUCUGGUUUUCGGUUCUGCUGUUCAAGGCUUGUCAUUAAAAACGCCACCAUGAAGAUCGCUCUUGCCUUUCUGUUGGUGUCUCUAAGCUCCUGCUUUACUUUACCCGUGGAUAAAAAAGAUGAACCAGCUGUACCUGUGCCAAAGGUACCCGAAUCUGUACCAAAGUCAGAACCAAAGGUUCCAGAAACAGAACCAAAACCUGUUCCCAAGGAGCCACAGCCAGUUCCUAAACAACCAGAGCCAGUUCCUAAACAACCAGAGCCAGUUCCUAAACAACCAGAGCCAGUUCCUAAACAACCAGAGCCAGUUCCUAAACAACCAGAGCCAGUUCCUAAAAAACCAGAGCCAGUUCCAAAGCAGCCACAGCCAGUUCCAAAACAGCCACAGCCAGUUCCAAAGCAGCCACAGCCUGCUCCAAAACCAAGACUUGAUUGCCUUAUCCAGCUGCUAAAGAAAGAUGCUCCAGCCCUCCUUCAGAAUUUGGGAACUCUCCUAUGUAAUUACAGAGUGGCCCAGAGAGAGCAAAAUGUUGCUUAUUUCAUGUCUUUCCUGGAACAAGUGGAUAACAUUCUGAAACAAGUUGGCUGCUCUUUGAACAACCUUUUGGGAUUCAAUGUCAAAAUCAAUGCUGCAAAUGCCGAAAAUCUGGCAAAAGAAGUUUCACUAAUCUUGUUCCAGUUUAUGGAAGACAUUAUUGAAAGAGUUAUGAAGAUUCUGGCGGAAAUUCCAAUCCUUGGUGACUUUGUUAAUGAUAUUCCUCUCACUAAGGACGUCAGAGAUUUGGCCUGCAGUGUGUUGCAACAUUAUCUCAAUGAUAUCAUCAAAGUCCUGAACGUCAUAGCUGAUGUAACUGGAGGACUUACACAGAUCAUUGAGGGGCUGUAGAAAGACAAUAAGCAAAUGCAAGUCUAGAAGUGGAUUACAUCACCGAAUUGGCUGGUAUUUCAGUUUUACGCAAUAGAUUGACUUCUAAGAAUGUAUACAUUGGAGUGGUUGUUGUAUUUUCUUUCAGUAAUACAAUAAAGUAAUUUCUUGGCAAAU